GUCUUCUACGUAUACAAAAUGCAAACCCAAAUUAGCCCAUCGCUAUCAACCUUCGACGAGGGGAGCAAUCGACCCAGAAUCUUGUCCGUACGUAUCGUUGUCAUUCGAAAAUCUACUUAACCGGAGACUGAUCUUUGACAUAUCACUUCUUGCAGAUGUGUCGAGGUCGCUGCUCCUCAAAUAACCUUCGAAGAAGCUGAACUGCAAGAUACAGCGGAAGCGCCGUCGAGUCCGAAAACUUUGUUCGAAAAUAUUGACAAACCUCCGGUUGAUGAGCUUGAAAUCAUUAUUUUUCUUGAACGGAUUUUAAACCUGUUCGGACAAUGCAUGGAAAAGUUAGAGCUUGUGUUUUUCGAUUCGAAAAACAAUCAAGUAUUCGCGAGUUAAUGAGAUCAAAUUCGAAAGGCUGCAUUGCCAAUCAUUUUGGAAGACUCGAAGAUGAUGGAGAUAAUUGGCACAGCAGAAUUCGAAAAAAUAAAAAGCGACUUGGGCAGCGAAGUCGAAUACGAUGACGGGCCCUGGUUGGAACGUCGAGAACGCUGGCAGCGACGAAGACUCACGGAACAUCGUUUCAAAGUCGAAGGUCAUCUGGGCGUUGGUAGCUCGAGCAGCGUCUCCAGAAAAUCUUCCGACGAGGAGGAAACAACGAGCUCGGAAUCUGCAUGCACUGGCGAAGCUUUGGCCAAUUCAAAAAUAUACAAAGCCCUCGAAUUAUUAAGCAGCUUUACCGCGGUUCGCGAAAAGGUCAAAACUUCGAUUCUUGCAAACGAUAUCGAUCCCCAAUCUAACUUAUUUCUACAACAUGUCAAAUACUUUAUCGAACAUUGCAUUCGAAGAGUUCGCUUUGAUCCGGUUCGCGAAAAACUCAGAAAUGAUUUCUUCCGAAAUUUGUGGCACGAAAAUCACAAAGCCCAACGAGAUAUCGACGGUCUUCUCGAUUUCUUGGAUGAGCAAAGAAUGAAAAAUCACGAUCUAACAAAACAAAUUGCUGCGAGAUAUCGCAAAGAUUGUGAAACGGUUGAGAGCUUCGAUGGAAAAUGUAUCGAGGAUAUAAAAUCCACCGUGGAAUUAUGGGAGAAAAAGCAAAUUUCGGAGAUCAGAUAUGCGGAGUUGAGACGAAAUGACUUGAAUCAAUACUUGGCUAUAGUAAGCAACAAAUUGGACAAUCUGCAUGAAGCGAAUCGGCGCGCAGAAGAAGAAAUUCGAUCGAAAAGAUUUAAAGUCAUGUCUCAGCUGAGCAGUCAAAUUGCAAAAUUCGAUACGGAGGUUGGCGAACGUUACCGAAUUUUGGAAGAACUCGUCGCGGAGUUUGACGCGAACGAGGAAACUAGAAAAAACCUGGAAGAAGAGACCAAACGUCAGUCGGACGAAUGCGACAUUUUCCUCGCUGAAAUCGAAGAACAAAGGAUGGCCAUUAUUCUGGAGAAACUCGAAGCGUUUGCGCGAAAUCGUGCAGCUAAAAUAAUCCAACGUUGGUGGCGUCCGAUUUAUAAACGUCGGAAGAAGCGUCGAAGAGAGAAGAAGAAAAAGGGCAAAAAGGUCCAGUUUUUUCUUGCCCUUUUUAUCCCUCACUGUUAUUUUGUCUUAUACAAAAAAUUCUAUUUUUUAGAAGAAAAAGAAGUAAGAAGAUGAAGUUCAUCACUGUUUCUGAUAAAGAAUAUAAAUUAUCGAAUUUAUUGAGACACUUGGGUGACUCAACAAGAAGAUGAACUCAACGCACUGCCCAACUUAUUAAUCAUUAUUUACAAAAUCUUAGCACAGGUACUCAAACUCAUUCUUCCUCUCGUAUACAUUUUUCCACCAGCUCACGAAGAUUGGGAUUCUCCAUUGCUGCUGCUAUUCGCUCUUUGUCAUUGAUUUGUUUGUUAACUGAAACAUUUGAAUACAGAAAAAUUGGAUUAUUA